UUUGAUUCGUCGAGCUAAAGGCGAUGGGGUAAAGCAACAACAAGUGACCCUCCCUCCAAUACAAGAGUUGGAAAGCGCUGAAGCACAGCGCCAAGCUCUUGGUAGUGUUGCAGAACUGAGGGACAUAAUUUGGCUGUUCGUUCCAAGAAGUCUCUGCUUGAUUUCGAACGAUCGACUUACAAGUCAAAGCUUGAGCACGUUGCUACAGAAACUCUGGUGA